AUGGAGGCUCAGCAAGAGUGGCACUUCUCGUCGCCCGACCAGUUCUGGGACCACUUUCUCGCCGCCCCGGGCGCCCUCGACCACGCCCUCCUGGCCCUCCUGUCGUCGCCCCUCUUUACCUCGCACGUCGACCGCAUGACCGACAACAUCAUCACCUCGAUCUCGCACCCCGAGGCCUCGUCGUCGACCCUCUUCAUCUCGCUCAUGCUCGUCCUCCACCUCGGCGAGGGCGCAAACCCGCUCACGACGGCCGGCGUGUGGGCCGACGCCCGCAAGCCCGGCGCAGGCGUCACCGUCGGCAGCUCCAAGGUGUAUCGCUUCAUGCGUCGACGGUGGAGAGAGGUCGUCCCCGUCCUCAUGAACCGCGUCUGGCACGCCGGCGUCGUCCACGAGGUCCUCGAGGAGGGCGUCGCGCCCGACGCCGCCGCCAAGGGCGAGGCCCUCGUCGCCAUGCCGGCCGACGGGUGGGAGGAGCGCGUCGGUACCGCAGCGACGGCCGUCCUGUACGAGCUGUGCCGCGUCCAGAAGCUCGGCCCCGAGGAACUCGCCGACUUCUCGUUCGACUUUGUCUCGCGCCUGUUCUCGCUCGUCGAGCGCACGCGCGACGUCGAGGACGAAACGUUCAACUACUCGCUCAUCAAGCUCCUCAUUGCGCUCAACGAGCAGUUCAUGAUCUCGACCGUGCCCGCCGAGCGCGACAACGGCGCCGGAAAGCUCCCGCCGCCGAUCCUGCCGACCGUCGUCAGCUCGGGCGGCAAGAAGCGCGAGCGCGGGCCCAACAUGGUCCUCGAGGUGCUCAAGGAGAAGGAGCACGAGAGCAAGACGUUCGGCGAGAACAUCAUCUUUAUCCUCAACCGAGCAGAUGGCACGCCCGACUCGCUCUGCGUCUCGCUCCUCAUCCUCAAGAUCCUGUACCUCCUCUUUACGACGUCGGGCACGCAAGAGUACUUCUACACCAACGAUCUCUGCGUCCUCGUCGACGUCUUUAUCCGCGAGCUCUACAACCUCGACGAGGAGUCCGAGGGCCUCAAGCACACGUACCUGCGCGUCCUGCACCCGCUCCUCACCAAUACCCAGCUCCGCCAUCACCCGUACAAGCGGCCCGAGCUGCGCCGGUGCCUCGAGUCGCUCGUCGCGCAGACGUACUACCGCGCGUGCGACCCGACGACGCGCCGCCUCGUCGAGCGCAACCUGCGCGCGAGCUGGUGCCAGACGCUGCGGUCGGCCGACGCGGCGCUGUCGGGCCUGAUCGGCGGGUCCAAGAGCGCGACGGGCAGCACGCUCAGCGUCGACGCCGUCGCGACGACGUGCGACGACGAGGGCGCCGUGGACCGGCCGCGGCGGCGCAAGAGCAAGGGCUCGCGCCGGCACGCGAGCGUCGACGACUCGGCCGUGUCGUACGGCGUGUCGCCGCCGAGCGUCGUCGCGCACGGCCAUGACCUGCUCGGCCCGGUCGCUGAGCGGAGCGCGACCGGCGGCGUGCCCGACGUUGUGCGGCAGAGCUCGGCGACCGCCGAGUGGACCGCCGUGGAGGAGGACCGGCAGCGCAGCUGGACGCGCUCGCCCGAGGACGAGCACCCGCCGAGCGAGCUCCCGCUGCCGGACAAGGACGUCCCGGCCUCGUCGACGGUCAUCUCGGCCGGCCACGACCUCCUGCACCCGAUCGCGGUGCGGCAUCACGGCUCGUCGUCGCCGACCCACCCUUUGCCCGCCACGACCGCUCCUACCCUCGUCACGCCGCGCCCGAGGUCGCAGUCCCUGCAUGCCUUGCACGUCCUGCACGAGCCCGUCGCGUCGCAUGGCCACUUCCGUCCCGCCCCACCUCCGCCGAGCGACUCGCCCGACCCGCACCGCCGCCGCGAGGGCUCGUUCUCGUCCCACUCGUCGCGCUCGUCCCUCCACUCGUCCCACCCGUCGCACCACUCGCACGAGCACCACGCGCACCUCCCGAGCUACCACCCUGCGCACCACCACUCGCACGCGCCCGCCGGCUCGUCGCCCAUGUCGUCCUCGGCCACGGCCGCCGCUCGACGUCGUCGCCCGCCACCGCCGCCGUCGCAUCACGCACACCAGCUCGAUGGCGACGGCCCAGGUAGCGCGCAGACGAGCCGGCCGCAGACGCCGCACGACGCGCCGCCGUCGCCCGUCUCGGGGCCUGCGCACCUCGGCGCGAGCACGGGCACGAGGCGCAGGGCGCCGCCGCCGCCUGGUGCGGGUGGGAGGGGGAGCCCUCGAGCCGGUGGUCCAGGAGACCGGGAGGAGGACGUUCGGCGAGGCGUCGAGGCGCUCGCCGUUUCCUGAGCCCGACUUCCUCCUUCUCCCCUUUCCCCGUCUCCCUCCCUCCUCGAUUCUCGCCCCCUUCCUUUCGUUGGCUCUCGCCCGUCGUACAGAGUCGUCUCAUCGUUGUCGCCUUUCAAUACACCGCAUCUCGUCGUCGUC